AUGAAUAUAAAGGCGGCGCAUUUAUUCAGUCGAUGUAUUACGCAGUCUUUUCUUGGCUUACGGUACUAUCAAACAUCGCUUUUACCUGAAGGUGCAAAGGCCUUCAUCAACGGUCAGUGGACUAAUGCAUCAUCAUGUGCCACAUUUCAAGUAUCAAAUCCAUACAAUUAUGAAGUUAUAUGCGAAUGUACCAAUUGCGAUGCGGUCGAUGCUGAAAAAUCUGUGAAAGCAGCACGGGAAGCCUACAGCGCAUGGUCAUCGUCCACAACUGCUAAAGAACGUGGUGGAAUGCUAGAAAGCUGGCACCGUAGAAUGUUGGAAAAGCAGAAUGAGUUAGCCGAACUGAUCACCCUUGAAGAAGGUAAACCACUAGAAGAAGCACGUGGUGAAAUUAUUUAUUCAGCAUCAUUUUUGAAAUGGUUUGGCGAAGAAGCCCGAAGAAUACAUGGACAGAUCAUUAAGCCUACAUCGACACAUCGGGUACAUUUCCAUACUCGUGAGCCGAUUGGCGUCGUUGGAAUUAUUACACCUUGGAACUUCCCAUCCGCAAUGAUAACUCGAAAAGCAGCAGCAGCACUAGCGAUUGGUUGCACGGUGGUUGUGAAGCCGGCCGAAGAUACACCACUUUCAGCUCUAGCUCUUGCACAGAUAGCUAAAGAAGCUGGUCUUCCAGACGGUGUCUUCAAUGUUAUUCCGGCAGAUUUGAAGAAUACGAUGCAAAUAACAAAGUUUUUAUGUAAAUCGACCGACAUCAAUGCAAUUUCAUUUACGGGCAGCACUGAAGUAGGAAAACUAUUGCUUUCACAGUCAGCUGGCACGGUGAAACGAGUAUGUCUUGAACUAGGUGGUAACGCACCGCUCAUCGUAUUCCCUUCAGCUCAUCUCUCAACAGCAGUUCAGGGAACGAUGGUGUCAAAAUUUCGAGGUUCAGGGCAAACUUGUAUAUCUCCAAAUCGUUUUUAUGUACACUCUUCCAUUUAUGAUUCGUUUGUUGAAGAAGUUAAAUAUGCGAUGGCAAAAUUGAUUACUGGAGAUGGCAUGCAACCGAAUGUCACUCAAGGACCCCUAAUAAAUGAAAAGGCUAUACAAAAAGUUGAAAAGCUAUUAUCGAAUGCGACUCAAAAAGGAGCACGUAUAGUACUGGGUGGGAAGCGUGUUCCUCAAAGCACCUGUUUCAAACCGACGCUGCUGACCAAUGUAACCAGUGAUAUGGAUAUUGUCCAUACUGAAAUUUUUGGUCCCAUUCUCGCUAUCCAAAAAUUCGAAACAGAAGAGGAGGUUUUGGCACUCGCAAACGAUAGCAGAACUGGCUUAGCUGGUUAUAUAUUCACGACGGAUUAUGCCCAAAUAUUGCGGGUCAGUCGUAACUUAGAGGUUGGAAUUAUCGGUGUCAAUGAAGGAUUAGUAUCAUGCGCGGAAGCAGCUUUCGGUGGAAUGAAGGAAAGCGGUUUGGGUCGUGAAGGCGGCUCGCAAGGUAUAGAUGAAUUCUCGCAGUGGAAAUAUAUAUGCAUCGGAUUCUAA